GAAUACACCUGGAGCAAAGAGGAUCCCUCACUGUCCUUCGCUUUUAAGUGCCUGAUUACUUGUUCAUUUGUUUUGAACCAGUUACUACUUUGGGGUGUGUGUUUAACAGAUCAGUUCUGGCUCAAGGAAAUCAAGAGAUUUUCAGGUUUGACUCCAGUUUAAUUUGCUAAAACAAACCACCAACUCCCACACCUCACAAAACUGGUCUUGGGAUUUCUAUUCAGGCUCAGUUUGACUUCCUGGUCGUUCAUGUUAUCAUGUAACACAGAGAAUGCUGCCCCAAGCCGUGUGAAAUUUGAAACAAAAGCUCUUGUUACACUUGAGGAAGAGGCGGCCAUGGCAACGAGGAGUCCUAUGACAGAGUUCUGUGAAGAAGCAACUUGUUCCAUCUGCCUGGACUACUUCAAAGAUCCAGUGACUAUCGACUGUGGGCACAAUUUCUGCCAGACCUGCCUUACCCAGUAUUGGGGGGAGUCCGACACAGACCCUUCCUGUCCUCAGUGUAGGGGAACGGUUCAGCAACGGAUCUUCAGGACAAACCGGCAACUGGCAAACCUUGUUGAGCUUGUCAAGAAGCUUCAGGAGGGGAGAAAAGAAGAAGUCAAGAGGGGAGUAUGUGGGAGGCACCAGGAGCCCCUGAAGCUCUUCUGCAAGGACGAUCAAGACCCCAUCUGUGUAGUGUGUGAUAGAUCCAAGGAACACAGAGACCACAUUGUCUUUCCUAUGGAAGAAGCUUCCCAAGAGUACAAGGAGAAAAUCCAGGCCCAGCUGAAGUCUCUGGAGAAGGAGAGAGAAAGGCUUGUGGACUGGAAAAUGGCGGAAGAGCAGGGAAGCCAGAAGUGCCUGACAAAGCUAGAAGAAGAGAAGCAGAAGAUCAGAUCUGCUUUUGAGCGAAUGCAGAAAUUUCUUGAGGAAACAAAAGUGCUUUUGGCUGGCCCUCCUAGGUGAUCUGGAAAGAUUGAGAAAAGACAGGAAGAAAAUGCCACCAGACUCUCAGAGAUUUUCAGCGUCAGUAGUCUGAUUGCAGAAAUGGAGAGGAAAUGCCAACAGCCCGCCAGUGAAUUCCUGCAGGACAUCAGAACCACCUUGAGCAGGUAUGAAAAAGCGCUAGGGAGGCAGCUGAUGGAACUUUGUCCUGGACUGGAGGAGACUCUCAGAAUUUGUACUCAGAAAAAUUCUGCUCUAGAAAAGGCUAUUGAAAAAUGUGAAGCGAAUGUGACCUUGUAUCCAGACACAACGCAUCCCAAUCUCAUUCUGUCUGAGGAUCUGAAGAGCAUCGGAUGGGUAGACCAAUGCCAGGACCUUCCUGACAACCCUGAGAGAUUUGAUAAGGAGGCAUGUGUGCUGGGCCGUGAGAGAUUUACUUCAGGAAAACAUUGGUGGGAAGUGGAAGGAGAAUGGGCUGAGUGGGCCGUGGGUGUUGCAAGAGAAUCUGUCAAGAGGGAUGCCAAGAUCAAUCCUGGUGAGGGGUUCUGGGCUCUGCAGAAGACAAUGAUUGAUACCUUUGGAUCGUUCUCAGAUUGGCAGCUAUCAGCUUUGACGUCCCCUAAGCUGACCAUUGUGUACUCAAGAAAUGAACUCAGGAAGAUCCAAGUGUCCCUGGACUAUGAAGAGGGCCAUGUGGAAUUUUUCGAUGGUGACACAAACAACUUGAUCUUCACUUUCCUUUCAGCCUUGUUCUCGGGAGAGAGAAUUAGCCCUUUUUUCAGUUUGAAGUGGGGAGGCAAACUGAAAUGUUGA